AUGGCGACGACGUAAUACUGCCUGUCUUGAAAGAGUUGAAAAUAAUUCGAGGAUCGUCGAAUGGCUAUUAAUUUUCAUAGCUGAUUAAAGAAUUUUAACUGAUCAACAUCACGUAUCAGAUAGGAGGAAAAAUGUUGUUAACAUUAAAGCCGGAUCACAAAAAGCACAUGCUGUUUCUAGUCGAACAAUCGUCGCCAGUUUUACAGGAUUUCUGUAAAUUGGCUUUGGAUUAUUUGCAAAAGGGCCCGAAUGUCAAAGUUUACAAUGCUGCUGCUCAGAAAUUAAGUGUUGAGCUGGAUGUGAUUAAAAAUUCGGUAGAGGGUUUAGUUAAUCUCUUGUUGGAGAGUUGCAAACACAAGCUAAGUGCGGAGGAUUUCCGAGAUUCUAUGGUUGCCUUAGGCUUCACGGAAGACAAGGAGGCAAUAUUGAGUAAAUUGUACAGCGUUAAAAAGGACGAAGUCUCGGAUGCGUUGGAAGAUAUUGGAUUUAAACUAUCAAGUUACCAUGAUAUGGAAUGGAGAUUUGAAGUGCAGACUGCGUCGAGAUCCUUAUUGAAACAAGUUGCACCACUUAUUUCUCUGGACUUGUCGCUAAAGAAUCCCGAUAAUCCCGAGGAAAUUGAACACAUUUUGCUACAAACCGAUCCGACUAACUUGCUUCAUAUAACUCAAGAGUUGGAGGAAGCUUUGCAAGAAAGUCGUAGUCAACAUAUUCGGAAAAUUUCAAAAGCAGUAAAAUAAAGCUUUUUAUAAUUUAUAAUUAUGUUUGAAACACAAUUUGUGAAUAUAGUGUAAUAUACAACUAUAUAUAAAAAUAGAUAUAAGUAGAAAAGAUUAAAUAAAA